AUGCUAGUUUGUGUAUUUCACAUCUAUAGGCAAAAAGAGGAAAACCACAUAAAUACAUUAGCGAUAGACAAAGAACAAUCAAAAAAGCUUCACAUACCUUUUCCAACAGGUCCACACGCAACAGGCAAUAUGGAAUUUAUAACAAAAUAUUCCGAAGAAGGAUGUUUUGCAAGAGUAUUUUACUCGACUAGUAUUGCAUCUGAUCAGUUGGACAAAUACUCAGAUAAAUGGAUUCCGUGGAUUCCAAAUGAAAUGUAUUUGAAAAAAUUUUCCAAUGCUCUUCAUGUACCUUAUUUCAUAUUCAAAUAUUUUCCACCACUCAUGGGUCAAGGCUACAAUAGUACCUAUGUAUAUAAAAGUGAAAGAGAAAUGUAUGCACUCGUUUUAUUGAAGAUAAAAUUAUUUUUACAUAUUCAUUGGAAACUUAAUUCCUUUUAAUUA